CCGCUUGCGCAAGCUCCUCCGCGUCGCCAGGGGGCAGUGAACCGGUCCUGAAGCGUCCGGGCCUGGAAGCGGCGUGACCCGGAAGCGGUUGCGUUGUUGCGUCUGGAGGCGGCGGCGGUGGCGGAAGUGGCCGUGUAGGGGGCUGCGGCGGCAGGAUGAACGCCCCUCCAGCCUUCGAGUCCUUCUUGCUCUUUGAGGGGGAGAAGAAGAUCACCAUCAACAAGGACACCAAGGUCCCCAACGCCUGCCUUUUCACCAUCAAUAAGGAGGACCACACGCUGGGGAACAUCAUCAAGUCGCAGCUGCUGAAGGACCCGCAGGUGCUGUUCGCCGGCUACAAGGUCCCCCACCCACUGGAGCACAAGAUCAUCAUCCGUGUGCAGACCACGCCCGACUACAGCCCGCAGGAGGCUUUCACCAACGCUGUCACCGACCUCAUCAGCGAGCUCUCCCUGCUGGAGGAGCGCUUCCGGGUGAGGGCAUGGCCCAGCCAGGCCAGGGAAGUGGCCAUCAAAGACAAACAGGAAGGCAUUGAAUAGCAGCCAGAAGGGGCUUCAGGGCGUCCUGUCCUCCUCCGGCCCAUGGGGCGAGCCGUGGCACCCGUGCUCCUGUCUGGUGAGCCCCUUGCCUGGCUUUCACGUGCCUAGUACGCAGGUUCUGUUUCUCCUUCCUAAUAAAGUGUGGCAGGAAGACGCGGUGUGGGCUCAGUGGUGAUGCCCUGGGCAAUGAG